GCUUAGACAGGAGCUCUCGGACAGCUCUCUCAUCGAUUUAGGACCCCUCGACAAAGCCUCCACGUCGACGCCCUCAACGCCCACGCCCCCGUCUCUCGGAUCGUCCAAACAACAAUAUCGAGCCGCCGCGAUGAGUCUCACAUAUGGAUUGGGCGGCAUUGGGUCGUUUCUCACCGUCGUGGGUCUCUACAUGCUCUUCACCGGCAGCGGCGAGUCCUUCAACGUCGGCGCCUUUCUCGAGUCUGUAUCGCCCUACGCCUGGGCUGAUCUAGGUAUCGCCCUCUGCAUCGGUCUUUCCGUCGUCGGCGCGGCAUGGGGUAUCUUCAUCACCGGCUCGACCAUCCUCGGCGCUGGCGUCAAGGCUCCGCGUAUCCGCACCAAGAACUUGAUCUCCAUUAUCUUCUGCGAGGUCGUCGCCAUCUACGGUGUCAUCAUGGCCAUCGUCUUCUCCGGCAAGGUCUCCUACGUCCAGGGCCCCGAGAUCUGGUCACCCGACUCCUACUACACCGGAUAUGCCCUUUUCUGGUCCGGUCUGACCGUCGGCCUGUGCAAUUUGGUUUGCGGUGUCGCGGUCGGUAUCAACGGCAGCGGUGCUGCUCUGGCCGAUGCUGCGGACCCGUCCCUGUUCGUCAAGAUCCUUGUCAUCGAGAUUUUCAGCUCCGUGCUGGGCCUGUUCGGUCUCAUCAUUGGCCUUCUCGUUUCCAGCAAGGCCCCCGAGUUCGGCGAGGGCGUCUAGACAUCUACGAAUCGCGGCAGUCGUGCCGUCGGCACCGGCUCCCCUGCUCCAACCAGGAUGGAGCUCACGCAUGCAUUGCGCCAAUAAUAUUUGGUCAGGCGUUUGGAAGAAUGGCUCGGGAGGAUGUGUUUAUGGCUGUACUGGUAUCCCUUGGCAGGCGGCAGUGUACAUCACAUGGAGGUGAAACCCAACUAAAUAAUGUUGGGAUCGCGAUCCUAUCUAGGAAGUUUCGUCACGUAUGUCUUGAUAAAGCAAAG